AUGUCUCUGCUUCAUACCCUUACCAAAGAGUCCCACAAGGACCCUCUGAAGUUUCGAGUCAACUACGACGAUGCUGUUCGCAUUCUCGGUAAGGACUCUAAGCUCCCGGAGAAUGAUAACUUACCAGUUGAGACGGGCAGUUCACGCGUGGUGAUUAUCGGCGCUGGUGUCGCUGGGAUGGCUGCGGCUAUUCGCUUGAAGAAGGAGUUGAAGGAGGAAGACUAUUGGUGUUUCGACAAGUCCACCGACUUGGGUGGCACUUGGUGGAACAAUACCUACCUCAAUGCAGCCUCCGACAGUCCUGCUGCUCACUACAGUUUCUCUACCGACCGGGUAUCUAACUGGAGUCGUCCUCAACCGUUGCAAUAUGAGUACAUGGAGUACUUGGAUGGCGUUGCCGAAAAGUGGGCUCUCAGAGACAAGAUCCGGUUCAACUCGAUCGUGAAGGCGUGCCACUGGAGCGAAGCUGAGCAAAAGUGGACCGUGGAGGCUCGUGACACAAAGACCGGUCAACGCAUACAGUGGAAGUGUGAGAUUAUUCUCAACUGUAUCGGAGCGUUGGCUCAGCCUAAUCACUAUCAGGUGGAAGGUCUCGAUACCUUUGAGGGUGAAUUCAUGCAAUCAGCGCUUUGGCGUCAUGACGUUGACAUGAAGGGAAAGCGAGUAGUGCUUAUCGGCAACGGUUGUACUGCUAACCAGGCGUUCCCGGGUGUUUUGGCGAAGGACCCCAGUCAGCUCACUCAGGUAGUCAGAUCUCAGCACUAUAUCAUGCCGCCCAUCCCCCACUCAUUCCAACAAGCGUACCUCUUAUUCAGUCAAUGGUUAUUUGGGUCUUGGUUGUUCCGCAUGAUCGUGGCGUUUGGCCUGGAGUUGAGAUGGCCGUUGUUCCGGGGUAAUGGAUUCUUUUCUCGUCUCGUCCGGAGAUACCUGACGAAUGUGUCGUUGUCGUAUAUGAAACGGGAGUGCCCGGAGAAGUUCCAAGAUGCGUUGAUUCCAAAGUUCAAGAUUGGUUGCAAACGUAUGAUCUUUGAUCACGACUACUUAAAGAGCUUGCAUGACCCCCGAGUCCACGUCACGAAUCUGCUCAUCAAACGCAUUGACGGUAAGACUUUACACCUUGAAGAUGGGUCUACCAUUGAAUGUGAUGUGUUGAUUGCCUGCACUGGUUAUGACGUCGCCAAAAGUAUGAUGCUUGUCGACUUUUUCGGUAAGGACGGCCUGCUGUUACGCAAGACCUGGAAUGAAGAAGGCAUUUCCGCAUACCAGACAUUGUUAGUGAAGGAUAUCCCCAACAUGUGGAUUUUGGCCGGUCCUAACUCGAUUACUGGUCACGCUCUGGUGAUUAUGGCUAUUGAAAACGGGUUGAACUUCUUUGAAAAAACUGCCAAGCCUAUUUUAGACGGCAAAGCUACCCUGGUCACGGUCAGUGACGAAGCUUACGAUAAGUGGCUCAAGACUACACAAGAAGAGCUUCAAGAGUGUGUAUUCGGCACUCCCUUCGGUGGAUGUGUAAGUUGGUACGCCACCUCAAAGACAAUCUUUACGACCUACCCUAGAAGUCAAAUUGACUACUGGUACCGUUGCCUGCAUCCUAAGUUCAAGGAUUUGGAAUACACUAAACCAAAGACUCAUUAA